CUCCGAGGCUGACAGUCUGGCCAAGACGGGCAGUUGUGUGUGGCUCUUGGAAGUGUGUCGCAAUGGCAGACCUGGACAAGUGGAUAGAAGUCGUGAAAAACUGCAAAUACCUGCCUGAAAAUGACCUCAAGAGGCUCUGUGAUAUAGUGUGCGAUCUCCUGAUGGAGGAGCCCAACGUCCAGCAAGUCAGCACGCCCGUGACGGUGUGCGGAGACAUUCACGGACAAUUCUACGAUCUGGAGGAGUUGUUCCGGUGCGGCGGACAAGUUCCGGACACCAACUACAUCUUCAUGGGGGACUUCGUGGACAGGGGCUACUACAGUCUGGAGACCCUGACGCGCCUCAUGACGCUGAAGGCGCGCUAUCCGGACAGAAUCACGCUGCUGCGCGGGAAUCACGAGAGUCGCCAGAUCACGAAGGUCUACGGCUUCUAUGACGAGUGCCUGACCAAGUACGGCAACGUGAACGCGUGGAAGUACUGCUGCCGCGUGUUCGACCUGCUCACGGUGGCGGCGCUCAUCAACGAGGACGUGCUGUGCGUGCACGGCGGCCUCAGCCCGGAGAUCAAGACGCUGGAUCAGAUCCGGACGAUUGAUCGCAACCAAGAGAUCCCCCACAAGGGCGCCUUCUGUGAUCUGGUGUGGUCCGACCCAGAGGACGUGGAGUACUGGGCGCAGAGCCCGCGCGGCGCCGGCUGGCUCUUCGGGGCGCUCGUGACCAAUGACUUCAUGCACAUCAACCGCCUUGAGCUGAUCUGUCGCGCACACCAGCUCGUCAAUGAGGGCAUCAAGUACAUGUUCGACUCGAAGCUGGUCACCGUGUGGUCGGCGCCCAACUACUGCUAUCGCUGCGGCAACGUGGCCUCCAUCCUGAGCUUUAAGACGUCCAAAGAGCGCGACGUGAGGAUCUUCACGGCCGUGCCGGACAGCGAGCGCGUCAUUCCCACGCAGCAGGCGCCCUACUUCCUCUAACUCCUCCCCGGGAGACACUCACCCGCGUCUCCAGCACUGCGCUCGGGCGCCGGGAAGUGGCCAGGAGUGCGCCUUUAUGUAACACGCAGCACUCCUCCGGGAUGGCGCAAUUUGACAGGCGCGCAGUCACCACAACCCGGCGGACGAGCCCCUCUUCGACGUAUUCCUUACCGACAGCGCAUUUCUGAGUGGAUCUCUACGCGAAAGGCUCAAGCAUAGACUAGAAUAUAUGAUUUUCCCCCCUGUUUGCAAUAGUUCUUAGUUAUCAUUACUACUUUAUAUGCAAAUGAUGUGCUUAUGGUUAUGAUUACAGCAUUGUACAUUUAUUGAAAUCAUUAAAAUAUAUGAAAUUUCGAGUGAAAUUGCCAUCAACUUACUUUACAGACUCGUUGACGAUAUU